AUGCGUGAGUGUAUCUCUGUGCACGUUGGUCAAGCAGGAGUUCAAAUUGGUAAUGCUUGCUGGGAACUGUAUUGCUUAGAACACGGAAUCCAACCUGAUGGUCAAAUGCCAUCCGAUAAAGCCAAUGGUGAUGACAGUUUCAAUACUUUUUUUAGUGAAACUGGUUAUGGUAAACAUGUACCAAGAGCUGUGUUUGUUGACUUGGAACCCACUGUUGUUGAUGAAGUACGCACGGGCACAUACAAACAACUUUUUCAUCCUGAACAAUUGAUAACAGGCAAAGAAGAUGCAGCCAACAAUUAUGCUCGUGGUCAUUAUACUAUUGGCAAGGAAAUUGUUGAUGUUGUACUGGAUCGUAUUCGAAAACUUGCCGAUCAAUGUACUGGUCUCCAAGGGUUUUUAAUAUUUCAUUCAUUUGGUGGAGGGACUGGUUCUGGUUUUGCAUCAUUACUCAUGGAACGUUUAAGUGUUGAUUACGGCAAAAAAAGUAAACUUGAAUUUGCCAUUUAUCCUGCGCCACAAGUGUCCACAGCAGUGGUUGAACCAUACAAUUCUAUUUUAACUACUCAUACAACUCUUGAACAUUCUGAUUGUGCUUUUAUGGUGGAUAAUGAAGCAAUAUAUGAUAUCUGUCGCCGGAAUUUGGAUAUUGAACGUCCUUCUUACACCAAUUUGAACCGUCUCAUAGGACAGAUAGUGUCAUCUAUCACAGCUUCAUUACGAUUUGAUGGAGCUUUGAAUGUUGACUUGACUGAAUUCCAAACAAACUUGGUGCCGUAUCCAAGAAUACAUUUUCCUUUAGUUACAUAUGCACCAGUCAUAUCAGCUGAGAAAGCUUAUCAUGAACAAUUGUCUGUUGGUGAAAUCACUAAUGCUUGUUUUGAACCUGCGAAUCAGAUGGUUAAGUGUGAUCCUCGACAUGGUAAAUACAUGGCGUGUUGUAUGCUGUAUAGAGGUGAUGUUGUGCCAAAAGACGUAAAUGCUGCAAUUGCUGCGAUAAAAACUAAACGUUCAAUACAGUUUGUAGACUGGUGUCCAACUGGAUUUAAAGUAGGCAUCAAUUAUCAACCGCCAACAGUAGUACCAGGAGGCGAUUUAGCAAAAGUACAGCGGGCUGUUUGUAUGUUGUCCAAUACUACAGCUAUUGCUGAAGCAUGGGCUCGUUUGGAUCAUAAGUUCGACUUGAUGUAUGCUAAAAGAGCUUUUGUUCAUUGGUAUGUCGGUGAAGGCAUGGAAGAAGGAGAAUUUUCUGAAGCCAGAGAAGAUUUAGCAGCUUUAGAAAAAGAUUAUGAAGAAGUGGGUUUGGAUUCAGUUGAAGGACAAUAUGAUGAAGGUGUUGAAGAUUUUUAA